AUGGAUGAACGGAAGACUCCCGUCGAAUCUUCCUCCGAACCUGAAUACAUACCCCGACCCGCGGGAUGGAUGUACAAGUCUGGGAAGAUCGGCAAGUUCUCAACCGGCUGGUAUGCCUCGCCACGCAUCCAGUUAGGCAUGGUCGCCUUUGUCUGCUUCCUCUGCCCAGGCAUGUUUAACGCCUUGAGCGGGAUGGGCGGUGGUGGCAAGUCCGACCCAAGCUUGGCUGACAAAAUGAACAUCGCCCUGAACAGUACCUUCGCCGUCGUGGGCUUCUUUGCCGGAACCGUCGUCAACCGUCUCGGCGUCCGUCUUUCUCUCUCCUUCGGUGGAAUCGGUUACUGCAUUUACUCCAUUAGUCUCCUGGUCUCCGAGCAUCGAUAUGUCCCCGGUUUCAACAUCUUCGCCGGCGCCUUCCUCGGUGUCUGCGCAGGUCUGCUCUGGGGCGCCCAGGGCACCAUCAUGAUGUCCUACCCGACUGAGCAGCAGAAGGGCCGUUACUUCGCCUGGUUCUGGGCUAUCUUCAACAUCGGCGCCUGUAUCGGUAGCUUGAUUCCCCUGGGCCAAAACAUCCACGUCACGUCGAACAAGACUGUCGGCGACGGUACCUACAUCGCCUUUAUCGUACUCAUGUUCGCAGGCGCCUGUCUUGCUCUGUUCAUCUGUGAUGCAGACAAGGUUGUGCGUACCGACGGCUCGCGCGUCAUCCUUAUGAAGCAUCCCUCUUGGAAGUCCGAGAUCGUCGGCCUGUGGGAGACAGUCCGCUCGGAGCCGUGGAUCGUCCUCCUGUUCCCCAUGUUCUGGUCCUCCAACUGGUUCUACACAUACCAGCAGAACUCUAUCAACGGCGCCUACUUCAACACGCGCACCAAGGCCCUGAACGGCUUCCUGUACUGGUUUGCGCAGAUCGUGGCCGCCUGUAUCAUGGGCCCUCUGCUUGAUUCGGAGCGCGUCCGUCGUACUAUUCGUGCUAGGGCAGCCUUGGUCGGCCUUUUCAUCCUCACGGUCGUUAUUUGGGGUAGUGGGUACGCCUGGCAGAGGAGGUACACCCGUGAGGAUGUGGACGCCAAAAUCACAGGUUUCCAGGGCUGGGAUUGGACUACCAAGGGCUACGUUGGUCCUAUGUUCCUUUACUUCUUCUACGGCAUGUACGAUGCUGCCUGGCAGGGUGUUGUCUACUGGAUCAUGGGCGCCCUCGGUAACUCCGGUCGCAAGCUCGCCAACUUGGCAGGCUUCUACAAGGGUCUUCAAUCCGCCGGCGCGGCCGUUAUGUGGUCGUUGGAUGAGAAGAAGCUGCCGUAUAUGAACGAAUAUGCCUCAAACUUCGGUCUUCUGUGCGGCUCGAUCCUCAUUGCCGUCCCUGUUGUCUUUUUCAAGAUCAAGGACUCUGUUCCCGUGGAAGAGGAUAUUCAGGGCACUGACGAGACGCUUGAGGACGUGCUACCGCUUGGCGCUGUUGUGUCAAAGCGUGUUGGCGAGGAGAAGAUCUAA